CCAGUGAGGCUGCCCGAUGCUGUGUCCCUCGCCCAGUCUAGCACCCCCGGUUUUCGCCAAUGAGACAGUCGGUGGCUCAGCCGCUCAGACGCUCAGUGCUUUCCCUGCGACCGCGAUGGAAGGGCUUGUUGUUGCUGUGGUUGGCGGCAGCGGGUUCCUCGGGCAGCACGUGGUGGCGCAGCUGCUCGCCGUUCAACCAUCCGUCAAAGAGAUCAGAGUAAUCGACUCCAAAUCUUACAAGCCAGUCAUCGAGUCUCCACCCGAAGCUGCUGCAACCGUGGUGUUCCGGCGAUAUGACGUGGUGGACGAGGCCGAGAUGGGGAAGGCCCUGGCCGGCGUGGAGGCGGUGAUCAACUGCUCCGCCAUCACCCCAGACUUCCGCAAAGAAGAUCUUGGCUAUGACCACCGCGGGAGACGAGUCAAUCUUGACGGAGUGAAGAGUUUAGUGGCUGCAUGCCAGGUGGCUGGUGUGCGGGUGCUCGUGCACACCAGCACCUUGGCUGUGGUGAUGGGCGGCGCCAGGAUUCUGGAACACACGGAGUCUCUCACUCCCGAGGUGUCUGAGUCACAGUUGGUGCUCGGCCAGUACGCCAUAGACAGACGCCGCGCUGAGGAGGAAGUGCUCAGCGCCCACCUGUCGGCCACACUCGACGGCGGAGUGCUGCAGACAGUGGUGCUGCGGCCGCCGCUGCUGUAUGGGGAGGGUGACCGUUCCUUCGUGCCAGUGAUCGUGCGUCUGGCCCGGGCAGGAGGCGACAGGGUGCCAUCGGUUGGGGAUCCAGAAGCUUUUAUUCAGGCAGCGUAUGUAGGUAACGUCGCCGCUGCCCACGUGUGCGCCCUGCGUAAGCUCCUUACGGGAACUGAUGAAGGUCUGCAGAAGUGCGGGGGCCUGCCCAUUUACGUAACAGACAACACGCCUCCGCAAAAUCUGCCUGGUUUGGCCCAGCCCUUCAUCCAGCACCUCAAUUUGAAGCCCUCGCGGCUGCUGCCCUACUGGAUGGUGUACCUCAUGCUCAUGCUGACGGCUAUCUGGACCUCUGUCUGGGCUGUUCUUGGAUUCGCCAGUCGUCCCUCGUCACUGCCAUCUCUCACCCUGCACCGUUUCUCCGGCACCGCAACAGUCGUGAGCAAGAUGCGGGCAGAGCUGUGUAUUGGUUUUUCACCCCCAUACUCGUGGUCAGAGGCACAGCGCCGAGCAAACUUAUAUUAUUGUAAAAAAAUAACCUAAGGCCACUACUUUUUUCGUUACCUGGUAAGGUUCUUGGGAAAGAUUUCAUUCUUCAUACACACGUACAGUAAGUUACAUAUAUAGCUACAUGUAUCACACUACUGUUCAACGGGAAAAAUAAACGUGAUAGCAAA